CCCUGGAGAGGUCUCACUUCUCACCGAGAUGCACUCAGGGCCUAUCAGUUUCUGAGCUUUUAAAAGAAGAGCAUCCCCAGAAUCGGUCCUGAUUCCAGACCUUCAGCACCAUGGUGGCUCUGGGAGCACUGCUGUCCCUGCUCCUCCUCGGGGCCCAGGCCCAGCACAGGUCCGAGUGGACCUACUCAGAGGGGGCGCUGGAUGAAGCGCACUGGUCGACCGAGUACCCCACCUGCGGCGGGCAGAGACAGUCGCCCAUCGACCUGCAGAGGAAGAAGGUGCAGUACAACCCCUCCCUGACGGCUCUGACCCUGGUGGGCUACGACGACCAGGCGAGCGAGUUCCCCAUGACCAACAACGGCCACACAGUGCAGAUCAGCCUGCCCCACACCAUGUACAUGACGGCCCCUGAUGGCACCAAGUACAUAGCGGAGCAGAUGCACUUCCACUGGGGCGGCGCGUCCUCGGAGAUCAGUGGCUCUGAGCACACCAUUGACGGGAUCAGAUAUGGGACUGAGAUUCACGUUGUUCACUACAAUUCUAAAUACGAGAGCUAUGAUAUAGCCCAGAAUGAACCAGAUGGUUUGGCUGUGCUGGCAGCCCUCAUUGAGGUCAGUGAUUACGCUGAGAACACUUAUUACAGCAAGUUCAUGUCCCACUUGGAUGAGAUCAGAUAUGCAGGACAAAGCACAGUUCUGAGUGGCCUUGACGUUAAGGACAUGCUACCCAGGAACCUCCACUACUACUACAGCUACCAGGGGUCACUCACCACUCCUCCCUGUACCGAGAAUGUCCACUGGUUCGUGCUGGCAGAUCAUGUCAAGCUCUCCGAGGCACAGAUUUUGAAGCUAGAGAACUCUUUAUUGGAUCAUCAGAACAAGACCCUCAACAAUGAUUACCGCAGUACCCAGGCCCUGAAUGACAGAGUGGUGGAAACCAACUUCAUGUAUCUCUCUAAUCAGGGAGAUGUAACCAGCAGCCAUCCUGAAACUGACCAAGAGAGAAACUCAAGGGAGAUAUAACCACCAACGUCCUGAAACUGACCGAGCCUCGCCACAAGAGCUGUGCCCAUGACCUUUGCCUUACUUUUAAUAAGGCAAGAUGUCUCCAGGAGGAGCUUAGGCCUCAUUGCGUGGAAGCAUGUUCUCCAAAUGAGCCUGUGCAAGCGAAUACCUGCCUCUCCCUUUUGAAUAUUCAUUCCCCAAUCAAAUAAAAUUUCCUGCUUCCCUUUUCUCGGGACGGCAUGCCUUUGGAAAUGAUUCCUCAUGGCCUCCUACUUGCAGCAAAUACACUUUACUUUG